CCCACCAGGCCGCCGAUCGACAUCGGCAAUAUCGAUCUCCGGCGAUGACGCACGGCCAUCACCAUCAUCAUGGCGGCGGCCAUCACCAUCACGGCGGCCACCACCAUCACCACGGUCAUCAUCACCAUCACCACCACGACAGCCAGCAGCCGCCGGCGCUGCCAGGGUUCCCCGUCCCGUACACUUACCUUCCGACGACGGUCGGGGCCCCUCUCCUCGAGCACAGGCCGAAGCCGGACUGCUCCGACUCCGACGCCGACGGCGGACUCUACAACUGCACGCUUGUGGCCUGCCUGAUCCUGGCCGUGGUGUGCAUCCUCGUCUACAUCUUCGGCUGACCCAUCGUUUGGUCCACGGGGGCGUCUGCGUGCAGAUUACUACUAUACCUUUUUUUUUCUGAUGGCAUGCAUGGACGUGCAUGGCACACAGCUACGUAGCUGAAUAGUUGAUAAGGACUUGGGGAGACGUCCCAUCGAGUAUAUUAAAACAUUCUUCAGUGAAGUGUAAAAUUGGUAGCCAUGCGAGAAUGAUCAGCUUGUGG